CCGCCAUUAGUGGAAUCUUUGGGACGAAGGGUACAUAAAACAAUAUCCAGUGACAUAAAUGACAUGAGAACAACGUGGUCCACUUCCAUGCUAGCAAGUCUGGAUAGCAAAGGAAAAGAAAUGGGAUAGAAGUCAAUAACUCAAUCCAUGAACAGUUCAAGAACGGCCUUUCACAACACUGGUUAAAAUCCAACUGUUUAAACCUCUCACAAAAAAAAAGACCUAGUAGUACACAGUGUUGUAAGUCAAUGUGGCCCUCAAACUAUUGCAGGCUGCACUGGAUAAUGCACGAAGUCAUAUAUUUCACAUCAUCAUUGAGGCCCAUGGAUUUUGCUUCGGUAUCUUAAUGCAACUGAUAUGGUUUCAAGCCAGACAAAUCCCAAUGUACACCUCGGACUCUCGCCAUAAAAUAUUCGCACAAAUCCCCGACAAUUUUAGACAUGAUAAAUCGUGUCAUGACAUUUCCUGCUAGCCAAACGGGUCCAGCUAAUACACCAACUGACCUAAACCAUUCAAAACCACACCCUCCAAAAGGCGCAUUAAAUGAUAAUUUGAGGGAUCCGCUACACCAAAAUGAUUACCAGUCAAUGGAAUAUUUUCAUCUGCAAUCACCAAAAAGGUGA